AAAUGAAUAAAAUGAAUUGUUCAUCUUCUGAGAAAGAGCGUGUUGACGUACUUUAUAUUCACCAGUUUCUUCAUUUGAACAUAUCAGUUUCAUAACAUAUAUUGUUAUAAUUAUAUGGACAGAUAAAAAAAACACAUUUUUGAUUAGUUGCUUAUUCAUAAAUGAAACCAAUAUAAUUGAAAUAUUCUAACUGGACUUUUAAUGAUAAAACGAUUUUCGUCAUAUACUUUUCAGUUUCAAUUAAUAAUAUACGUACAUUUAUCACUGUCAUGGCUUGAUAAUUUAAAUGGCGAUGAUUCAACAGUCAGUGUAUUUAAAUCACAAUCUAUCACACCUAGUCCUCAAAGUUGUAAAUCUCCAAUUGGUGAUUGCUUUUGUGAUGAAAUGUGUGUAAUUAAUUCUGACUGUUGUGUAGAUUUUAAGAAUUUUCGUCAAGAUACCAAACCAGUAGAUUCUUCGACAAUACCUAAGUCUGACUGUGUUCACUCAGCUAGAACAUUUUCGGAUGUUGCUGAUCUGGAGAAACAUGGUAGUUGGUUUGAAGCUAUUGCACAUUGUCCACUAGGCACACCAAGUGAGAUUGCGAACCGUUGCAGUAAAUCAAAAAAUUUGGUCAUCAAGUUUGAUGACGCUUCACUAAAGCACACAUCGAAUAUUAGUGCUAAAAACAAACAUUUUAUUUCGCUGGAUUUAGCUUUUCUAACAUUUCGUAUACGAACUGAAGAUGUUCGACUGAUGGCACCAGUUGUUUCUAAGGUCAACGGACGAGUUUAUGCUAAUUUGGAUUGUGCCAUUUGCCAUGAUGAGUUAACUUCAACUGUUACAUAUGAAGAACCGACGGGAUCUGUUUUAUUACAACGUUUUGAUUUAUUCAAUGUAUUUGUGCACUGUCGAACAUUUCAUGAUACUGACAGAUUAUGUGUGGCCAAUUCAAUGCUGCCAAGGAGUUGGAGACGUCCAUGUGGAAAAAAAAGAUUUCUCAAGCCACAAAGUACACAAGAAGUGUUCAGUUUGAGUGAGUUUAAAUGGCAUGAAUUCUUAGUGUUGCCACAAAACUACAUUGAAUUCGAUGGUUUUAGUAAUGAUGAUUUGGUGAAGGGGAGUAAAACUCUUCGUACAAUUGAAUCUGUUUUAGAUAUACUUCAGUUACUAGUGUGCAUUCUAUCUGCAUUCAGUCUAUGCGUGCUGCUAAUUAUAUAUGGGAAGACGCGAGAGUUUAGACGUCGAGUUUCUAAUCAGUUGUUAAUGGGGCUAGCAACUUCCAUGCUUGGUUUGUUGUUGGUCUAUUUAACAUUGCCAUUGCUAAUUAAUCAAAGAGAUAAUUCGGGUAGUGGAUGUUGUCUUACAGUUGCAGUUUUAUUGCACUACUUUUUCCUUGCAACUUUUGCAUGGAUGUUAACACUUGGUUUGAGUUUGAUUAACACCUUUGGAGGAAUUCACACAUGUCAAGUGUGCUUAGCAUACAUAAAGUUUAAAAUAACGCGUCAAAGUACAGAUGAAGAUUCAUUGAAGAAGAAAUACUCAGACACCAUGAAAAGUAUGGUGAUUCGAAAGAAUCUGAGAGACCAGUCGACUACUAUUCAUAAGCGUACCAUAUUUUCAACGGUAUUUGCAAUCACCUUACCAUUACUUUUUGUGAUACCCGCACUUGUUCUUAAUCAAGUUUACCAACCAGAUUCGUGUCAGCCAGAGAUGAACAGUGACAAUUACACACAGGGAAUCAAUUGUUCUGAAACUUCAAGUCUAAUGUCAAACUUCAAUCCAGGUUUUUGUUUAAUGAAAUAUCGAAAGCGACCAUGGUUCACAGUGCAUGCGGCUUUCAUUCUGUGGUUUUUGGUACCUACUACAGCAUUAUUUGCAAUGAAUUCUAUCAUACUACUAAUGGUUGGCAUGUAUAUUUGGUUGUUAGACCAUAAAAAAACACUAGAACCAAUCAAAGACGAAUCAGUGGCCAGUGUGGACUCGAAAUCUACUCAGCUGCCUAAUAAAAGUAAUCGCAAUGUAGCCAAGAUUUGCUUGCAUUUAUCAAUCACUCUGGGUGCUGUAUGGAUAUUCCAGCUGCUUGCAAGUCUCCUACCUCAGCAAACCAUUCUGAGUCGUGUUGCAGCUCUGGUUAGUAGUGGGCAAGGUGCAGCCUUGGGGUUCGUUUCUUUGCUGAACUCCACAAAAACAAAGUUAUUUCCAAAUUGGUCUAGCGUAUUCAUUAGUAGGCGUUCAAGAUCAGGAGGAAAUGAGUCCAAAAGUGCAUCAUCAUCAAGUCGAGUGAAUACGAAGGUUGUAUCUACAUCUGAUUCCACAAUAGGAUGAUAUGAAUAUGCUGCUUUAACUAUUGAGAAUUUGUUUGAGUUUCACUCUCUUAAGCAGAACUAUCGAAAUAAUUAUAACUUUCAAGUGAUUUGAUGAUCACUGCCAUUCUACUCAGUAGUUCAGUGUCUUUUCUCUUUGUCAGUGUUGCUUAUUGCUCAACUACUAUGUCAAAACCUUUUUAUUUCAUUUAAAUGGAAUGUUCACUUUCUUAUGAUCAGCUAUGUAAUGUUAUGUUUAUAAGCUUUGUUUGUUUAGCUUUGUGCAAAAAUCAACCUGUAUAAACCUAAUAUAUUAUAUGUUUGUUUAUGUUUCCCAAA